CUUUUUGGAUAAAUAUCUGGGAAGCUUAUCUGUGGGACACAUGCCUUGAGUAUGAAGAUAGUCAUCAAGGUCAUGAGACAACCCAUCCUCACUGACCAUCUGGAGCACACGGCGAGAGGAAGCCCACCAAGGCUCAUCGUAACAGCAUUCUUCACGGGUCGCUCGCUCAGCUCGUGAAAAAAUGGACACAGAAAGUAGUAGCAGGGCAGGUCUUGCUUUCCCAAUGUCACAAAGCCCCUCCAGCGUGCCCCAGAUCGAACUUUCGGAAGUAUCUCUCCAUGAUAACGCCUUACGGGAGGAGGCUGCCUCAGCCCCACCAAGCCGUACCUGGCUGAGGUUUUUGAGGAGGGAGCUGGAAUUCCUGGGGGUAACACAAAUUCUGAUUGCUUUGAUAUGUCUUUGUUUUGGAAUAAUCGUCUACUCUGCGAUCAAUGUUUCCGAAUUUAAGGAAGAUCUUUUUUCAUCAUUUAAAGCAGGCUACCCAUUCUGGGGAGCAAUGUUUUUUGCUAUUUCCGGAUUUUUUCCAAUUCUGUCUGAAAAGAAAUAUGCCAUAUAUCUGGUGUGGGGAAGCCUGGGAGCAAACACCGUCAGCAGCAUCGUUGCAGGAAUAGGAAUCUUCAUCCUGACCAUCAACUUGACGAGUUGCUGGCCUCAUAUCUACAACUGCCAGGAAGCUGGUGGAGAUGUCUGCUUUGUGGCUUGGUUUUCCACCGAGAUCGUGGCAAUGAUCCUGUUUCUCACCGUCCUGGGGUUUUGUAGUGCUGUGUCACUCAUGAUCUAUGGCCUUGGAGAAGUAUUCCAGGAAAAGAAGAUUCCAGAAGAUCGUCUUUAUGAAGAAUUAAACAUAUAUUCGCCAAUUUACAGUGAGUUGGAAGACAAAGGGGAGACAUCUUCUCCCGCUGAUUCAUAAGAAUUAUGUGUUCAGAACAUUCUGACUCACAGCAAAAGGUCUAGAAAAAACCAAGAUCUUUGUUUAAGGGGCUACCGACAAAAUUUCAAUUCUCUCUAUGGUCUGCCAGUUUUACAUUAAGAUUUAUUCUCCAGAUGGUAAUACUCUAUCUGUUGUUUCUGCUCACCUAGACUCCCCCUGCCUCACCCAUUUUUAGAUAUGAUUGACUCCUAUUUUUCUUGUUUUCUAUUGCUGUCUCGUACCUACUUUUGUGGGAAGUCAACAAAUAAUCAGUUAGCAUUUACUCUGUGCCUAUAAUGGUGCAAAUAGAGGAAACAAGAGGAAGUCUGGUUGAGAGAUGAGUUAAACUUUGACAGUUCGGUCAUGUUUGGUUCUUAGCCCUUUUCAGAGUUCGUAAGGGCUACAGAUGUGCGUGAUAUAUGUCCCCCUACUGGACUGUAAGCACCUAAAGGACAAAGCCCAUUCAGCAAAUGUAUACUGAGGACCAAAUAAGUGUUCUAAGUUUUCCACACUUGUCUCUUUCACUUCAUGUUUCCCAGUUUCCUAUAUCAUGGGAGCUCAAAGUGUAUUUGUGGAGUGGAUGGGGGAACAUUCUGAGAAGAUAUACCACUGGGUCAGGUGCCAGGUUGAGUUGCGAAGAAGAAAGAAAUUACUUUAAGGUGAAUUUGGAGGUGAGAAGGAGGCCAAUUGGCAGAUAAUUAGCAAUAGGAGUAUAGUCAGAUGGAAAUUUGAAAAGAAUUCUAUUCUAUUAAUCAUUUUGGUGGAUGUUUAUCACAUCAGCUUAGCAAUGGAUGCUUCCUGCUUAUGUUUGAUCUUAUGUGGAGAGUCCAACAUGGAAUGUUAGAAGGAUCACAGAUCUUAGAAAACGCAUUGGAAUCCCAGGCUUAUUGCUUAUUAGUUGAGUGGGUUGUGGGAAGUUAUUUAAUUUUUUUUUUUACUUAAUCUGGUUUUUCUCAUAUGUAAAAUUAAGACAUUAAGAAUAACUUACCUGCCAGGAUUAAAGGUCUAUUGUGGGAACACACACACACACACACACACACACACACACACACA